UUUAUUUAUGGAAUCUGCUCUUGAAUAUGCUCCCGAAGUCUAUAUCAUGUUCAUACAUGCAUGUAUAUAUACAUUAGUUCCAAGAUCUGGUAUGUAUAUACGUCUUAUCGAUAUGCAUAUGCGUACAUAAAGCUAGUAUUGACAUAACCAUAACCCACAUUAAACACGUCAACGACUGCCACUGUAAAACUGCGGCUGCCAGGUAUUGAACAAUAAGCAUGUGUUAUGGCCACAAAAUCAACAGCAACAACAACAGCAACCGCAAGCACAACAACAACAACUGCCAGGGAAAUUGAAACGGCAGUCAACAGGAAACUUUCCACUGCAUCUACUGGGGCGACAGGAGCCUCAGCAAAAGCGCCUAGUUGGCACACCUGUUACUAUUGCACCCGCGAAAAUUUCAAUAGCAUUGGAGAGUUUGUAAAUCACUUGCGCAGUCGACACUGCACCCGCGAGGGUGGCUCGUUUGUCUGCCGUUAUGGUUUUAAUGGCGUGUGUGCCUCCCUGCCCUUGGACGGGGUCUCCGAUCGAGACUACGAUGCGCACGUGUCCAAAUACCACGUUAAUCAGCAGACGCGAGAAAUGCCGCCUGAAUGGUGCGUGUAUUCAGCAGCACAAAAUUUGCCCGCCGUGCUCAAUGACCCGUCGCGGGGCAAGCAAAGCAAUCUCUUCACAAAAAAAUGGGGCGAACACUUUGUGGAGCGAGCACCAGUACCACCUACAGUGCAUUUGCCAGACAUAACACAUGCUGACUUUGCAACCUAUUUGUCCAGCAUAGGCAAGCGUUAUCGAUGGCAUGAGAGACGCCAGCAGCAACAGGAGCAGCGGUCUCUGGUAACAGCGACAGCAGAGACAACAACACCAACACAUCUUAGCGCUGUGCCGGAGAUUUUUCUGAAGGCGCAACUGCAGCUCCACCAUGCACCUACCUUCGCGCAAGUAUUUCCCGGCUACAUGCAGCAUUCCAGCAGCAAGGAAGCCAAUGGCACAACUUCGACGACGGCGCAGCGUCAACAAACAGGUCGGCUGCUGCAGGAACAGCUCUCACACUAUCUAGACAUUGUGGAGGUAAUGAUUGCCCGACAAGUUUCGCAAAAGUCGGCUGCCUUCUUUCAUGCUAUGACCACACAACAUGCUAUUAUGGCUGAAAUGCAGCAGGCAGCGGAGCAAGUGCGUCAGCUUCGCAUGGCGCUCUCCCAGCUGCAUGGCAAUGCGGUAGUAGACAGCUUUCGAGUUUUACGAUAUGCAGAGCGGCGUCAGCAUUACAGCGAGACGCUGGACAAGCUUCGCCUUAUGGCCACUGUGCACAAGACGCAACCGAUGCUGCAACUGCUCCUGGGAACACAGGACUAUGUAGCAGCAUUAGAUCUAAUUGGUACCACGCAGGAGAUUUUAGCAGCCGAGCUGAUCGGCGUACAUUGCUUUAAGCAUUUGCCUAUGCAGCUGCACGAGAUGGAAAAGCUAAUUGAUAAAAUGCUGAGCACAGAGUUUGAACGCUACGCGGCUACAGAUCUAAACAGACCACUGGCUUCUGAUGGGCGAGAAAUGGAAACGGAUAGCGUCUGCGCCGAAGAAGACAAACUGGUGGCCAUUGUCAUGGGCCUGCUGCGGAAGCAAAACUUUAGCUUUGUGCACGCCUAUCAGCAGGAAGCCAUGGCGACCAUGCGGGCCAUUAUCAAGCAGCUGCUGAUUGAGCUGCUGGAACGCAGUGAUAUGGAUCUGUCAUUGACUGGUGCCGGCGAGCAAGCACAAAAUUUGACCCUGGACGAAUGGAUUGCGUUACUACAGGCGGCGAGCAAAACGUUGCGCGCUGUGCUUGAGCGUAUCAAAGCAGUAGUUUACAUAAUGCAGCAGACAACGGAUGCAGCAGCGGGCAUGGGCAUCAGUAGGACCGUUAAUGCCGACAAUGCCGAGCAUGCAGUCAAUCUCAUUGAUUCGGAGGCCUUCCUCAGUCAGGCGCAUCACACACAGGUGCGUGCCCAACUGCAGCAAUUGCUUCAGGCUGUUUGCCACUAUUGUCAUGAGCGAUGUGCCAACAUUGUGACACCGCAGAGCCUGGAGCAGAGUAUAGCUAACAUGGACCAAUUGCAGCAAUUGACGGAAAUAGUUCAGCAGUUCAGUAAAUUCACGGAAACCAUCUGUGGAGUGGCCAGUGUGCCGCUACAACUUGCACUCAAAGUGCAGGUAUCGCGUUAUGCCCAACGUUUUCAUGCCGAACGUAAGCAGAAACUGGGGCUGUUGUUGGAUCAGGAACGAUGGCGUCAGGUUGAUGUGCCUCAAGAACUGCAGCGUAUGGUGGAGCGUAUGCAAAGCGGCGACUACACAGAGCCAAAGGAGGAUGCUCUGUUAAGCAAUGGUCAUGGCUUGAAUGGAACUAACCCCGUGCUGCUGCUCGAGAGCAAACAAACCUAUACGCUGGUCAGCGCUGCUCUGUUGCUUAUUCAAAUGCUGUAUAUGUAUGGCUGCCAGGUACAGAAGUUGCCGCUGCUGGCCAGCUACCAUGGACGCAAUGUGGUGGACCUGUUGCGCACUUUUAAUUCGCGCAGCUGUCAGCUUAUUAUUGGAGCGGGUGCCAUGCGUGUGGCCGGCCUUAAGACAAUUACCUCCACCAACUUGGCCCUAGUGUCCCGUGCCCUGCAGUUGGUUCUGUGGCUGUUGCCGAAGCUCCGUGAACAUUUCCAGGCGUUAGAUGCCUCCUCGGUGAGCGGCUACGAUGCCAUCGAAAAGGACUUCCAUGGCCACAUUAAGGAAAUUGAGCUCAAAAUUCACGGCAUCGUAUCGGAACGUGUAAGUCAACAGUUGCUGGCAUGGGAAGCCCGACCACCAAUACCUUCGCAAACAUUUCGCAACAUCUCGAGGCAUCUUGUCAAGCUUCAUGAGGCCAUAGCAGGAGUGCUGCCGGAGCCUCAGAUACAUGCCAUCUAUGCGGUGGUGCAUCGCAAUUUCAAAGACAAGCUGCGAGAGCAGCUCCUUAAGCAUAACAUCAAUAACAACGGGGGACCACAGCAUGGAGUGGUCACAUCAGAGCUGACAUUCUAUAUGGAGACACUACGCACACUGAGGGCGCUGCCCGCGGAGCAGCUUAACGAUGAUAUACACGACCAGAUUUGGUUGCAUUAGAAAAUGCGGGAUUAUGUGGUUACUUGGCAUCUUUCAAGGAGGGGACUGUGGGCAGUGCCGUAUUAUUCCAUUGCAAAACGAUUUGGAUAAAUCGUUAGCAAUAUGUUUUAGUGAAGUUUAAAAAAUUUUCCUUGUUGUUUUUGUGUUUUUAUUUAUUUAAUUUUAAUAUUUUUUGCAAAAUGUACAUUAUGCAAGUCUUAAGUUGCUCUUAACAUUCAGCUAGUAAGCAUAAAGUUUAACUAAAAUUAAAAAUAAACUCCAAGUUCAUAUAUAUAGUAUAAUACAAAAUUGGUUUUUGUGUUCCAGUCCGGUAGAUAUAAAAAGUAAUUUUCUCCUUUAUAUGGUUGCAUCAUAAUUAUAAACAACAGUAAGUAUUUCAACAUAUGAAAAGAAUCUUUUUUAAAAUAAAUUGGUUCCUAACGGAUGAUCUGGUCCGCCUUUAUGAGAAGCGUCGUUACUAAGUUUAAAAAAGUGCUUUUUAUUAAGCAUAUCACUCGAAAACUACGAAAAAAAAACCAACAAAUAUCUCACAAAAUUACAUACAAUAAAAAAAUAAUACAAAACAAA